AUGGCAUACUACAGCACAAGACUGAAGACCAGACAAACUUACUCAUGGGUUGGCAGGCCAUUGUUGGAUCAAAAACUACACCACCAAACCUACAAUGAAAUAUGUGUGAAAGCAGAAGGUUGUUCGACUCAGAUUCACAUUCAAGUUGGACAGUUCGUGCUGAUUGAAGGCGAUGAUGAUGAAAACCCGUAUGUUGCUAAAUUGAUUGAGUUGUUUGAAGAUGAUUCCAAACCUCAUUCCAAGAAAUGUGCUCAAGUACAGUGGUGUAUCCGAUUCUGUGAAGUCCCUGAGUGUAAACGGCAUUUGUUGGGCCGGAAGCCUGCUGCACAGGAGAUAUUCUGGUAUGACUACCCUGCCUGUGAUGGCAACAUUAAUGCAGAGACCAUCAUUGGCCCUGUGCGGGUAGUGGCUUUAGCUCCAGAUGAAAUGAUACCUGUGGAUUUGAAAAAUGAAAAGACGCUCUUUGUGAAACUAUCGUGGAAUGAAAAAAAGUUCACACCACUGCCCCCAGAACUAUUUGCAGAGUUGAAUAAACUGCAAGAAAUCAGCCCCAGAUGCCAGAAACCUAUGGAAACCAAAACUAAAAGCAUAGAAAGCCCUCCUUGGACAACAACAGAGCCUGCAGUGAAAAGGAUUGAAUCAAGGCACUGUGCCUCUAAAUCUUGCCAAACUCCUACCCAUUCUGUCACUCCAAGGGCAAGGAAGAAGCUGGAACUCAGCAGUAAGUAUGAAUGAGUCACAGUGGGCAAUAUUGAGGCUAAAGAACAGAAUACAUGUGCCUCUUUGGGCUCUCCAGAAAAAAUUAAGCGGAAAGUAGCCUUGUCUGAGAUCACCUCACCUUGUAAGAGGCCUCAGCCUUCUGAACCACAGGCCUCAUCUCCAGCUGUGACAGCCCCUCUUACCAAGGGUGACAAGAAGUCUUCACCUGAAUGUCACAUGACCCUCAGAAUCCGAGUCCCAGCUUUGAAAGCCACAGGGAUUAGUGAGGAGACAAAAAUUUCCCCUAUCAGGGGAGGAUGGAAAUCCUUGGUGGUGGUGCCUGAUGUGGUCUUGAAACCAGAAAGCAUCAAAAAGAGGGAGGCAAGAGAACCAGAAGCUCAGAAUGAAGCUACACCUACUCCCCAUCGUACCCGCAGAAAGAGUUCUCUCUUGACUUUGAAUCGGAUUAGGCAGCAGCUUCGAGUUUUAGGUAAUAGUGAAAAUGACCAAGAAGAAGAAGAGUUUCUACCAGCAGCAGAGAUUUCAGACUCUAGCAGUGAGGAGGAAGAGGCUUCCACACCACCCCUACCAAGAACACCCAGCAGGGUAUCCAGGAACCUGCGAUCUGCUGUGAAGUCAUCCUUCCAGACUCCUGCCAAGACACCAAAGAAAACCCCUGAACGUAAAACUCCAUGUCAGGCCACGCCCCAGAUCCGCAGGCGAAGCCUGGCUGCCCAGGAGCCGGCCAGCGUGUUAGAGGAAGCCCGGCUGAGGCUGCAUGUGUCCGCUGUGCCCGAGUCUCUUCCCUGUCGGGAACAGGAAUUCCAAGACAUCUACAGUUUUGUGGAAAGCAAACUCCUUGACCGUACUGGAGGGUGCAUGUACAUCUCUGGGGUCCCUGGGACAGGGAAGACUGCCACUGUGCACGAGGUCAUACGCUGUCUGCAGCAGGCAGCCCAAGCAAAUGAUGUUCCACCCUUUCAGUAUAUUGAGGUCAAUGGCAUGAAGCUGACAGAACCCCAUCAAAUCUACGUGCAAAUCUUGCAGAAGCUGACCGGCCAAAAGGCAACCAUCAACCAUGCGGUAGAACUGCUGGCCAAGCGAUUCUGCACACGAGGCUCCCCGCAGGAAACCACUGUUCUGCUUGUGGAUGAGCUCGACCUCCUGUGGACUCAGAAACAAGACGUAAUGUACAAUCUAUUUGACUGGCCGACUCACAAGGAGGCCCAGCUCGUGGUUCUGACCAUUGCUAACACAAUGGACCUGCCAGAGCGGAUCAUGAUGAACCGGGUGGCAAGCCGACUGGGUCUUACCAGGAUGUCUUUUCAGCCCUAUACUCACAGCCAACUACAGCAGAUCCUAAGGUCCCGACUCAAACAUGUAAAGGCCUUUGAGGAUGAUGCCAUCCAGUUGGUAGCCAGGAAGGUAGCAGCCCUCUCUGGAGAUGCACGACGCUGCCUGGACAUUUGCAGGCGUGCCACUGAGAUCUGCGAAUUUUCCCAGCAGAAGCCUGGCUCUCCAGGCCCGGUCACUGUGGGCCACUUAAUGGAAGCUGUGGAUGAGAUGUUUUCAUCGUCAUACAUCACUGCCAUCAAAAAUUCCUCUGUCCUGGAGCAGGGUUUCCUGAGAGCCAUCCUUGCAGAAUUCCAUCGGUCAGGUCUGGAGGAAGCAACGUUACAACAGAUAUACAGUCAGCACCUGCUUCUGUGCAGAAUGGAGGGACUGCCCUACCCCACCAUGUCCGAGACCAUGGCCGUGUGCUCUCGCCUGGGCUCCUGUCGCCUCCUCCUUGUGGAGCCCAGCAGGAACGACCUGCUUCUCCGUGUGCGCCUCAACGUCAGCCGGGAUGACGUGCUGUAUGCACUGAAGGAGUGA